AUGCAAACGAAUCAUUCUAACAUACAUAUUACAGGCACAUUACCAAAUCCUGUAUUUGCACAGCCUGUAUUUGCACAGCCUGUAUUGCAAUUGCCAUAUAAUGGUGUAAUGGCACCAAUGAAUCCAGUAGCAACAGCACCAACCAAUAAUAUUAAUAUAUCUACCCCCACACCUGUACUGCCUAAUAAUAUGUCAAUCGUGAGUCAACAACAACAUCAGGAUCAACCAAACAUUAUUGUUCAAGAAUUUUCUCAUGAUACAACGAGAAAAUUGUCUGAAUCUUCUUCAUCCAACAAUAAAAAUUUACUUAAAAACCCAUCUUCUUGGGAUCCAAUGGAUGAUUUAUUAUUACGUCACUUAAAGGAAAUCCAAAAAAUGGGCUGGAAAGAAAUUUCUCAAUACUUCGAUAAUAGAACUCCUAACGCAUGUCAAUUCAGAUGGAGAAGAUUAAAGUCCGGAAACUUAAAAUCAAAUAGAACGGCAUUGAUUGAUGUGACCGAAUUUCCAGGGAAGAUUGAAAUUAAAAACAAAGCUACCUUCAAUAGUGUUUCAACUGGAAGAAAAAGAGGUACAACAAAGACUAAAAAGAAUAAAUCACCUGGUAUUAUUAAUACUACCACUAAAACGAAAAUAAAGUCAGAAACUCAGCCAAAUACGAAUGUCCCACAUAAUAUGCAAAAUAUUCUUAAUGAAAACAAUACUAACUCUAUAGGAGGUGAACAUACUACCUCCAAAAAUAGUAGUGAUAGUUCUGGAAAUCCUUCUCCAAAUGGUAACAGUAAUAUAAGGCAUGAUUAUAAUUCCUAUCAACAGGCACCAUCAGACACACAAAAGUCAACAAUUGAACCUAUUGUUUCUUCAAAUAAUAACGAUAUUGGCCCUGUGAGGAACAAUAGUAUUGCGGUAGCUGGCAUAAAUGUACCUGUUGCAAAUGGUGCACCAGUUCAUAUAGGGUCAUUUGUAGAUAAAUUUGCCAAACCAAGAUCAUAUUCUUGUACUCCAUUACCUUUAGCAAGACCAACACAACAAACAUAUCCAUUGCAUGUUUCUGAUGGUCAUACAAAACAACAUCCAUUACCUCAAUUACAAGCAUCACAUAUGGAUAAAGAAAAUGUUGGUUUCAUUCCAAAGGUCUUUGUUAAGUCCAGAAGAAGUUCAUCGAUCGUACCUAUGGCCCAAGGAAUGGGUACACCAACUUCACCACAAUCAUUGACACCGUCUACGUCACAUACCGAUAUAUCAACUGCUUUAAACACUACAUUAAACUCAUCUAAAUCAAGAAAGAAUUCGUUCACAAGCUGGUCUUCAAGAAGAUCCUCUUUCAACGUGUCACUAAGUAACGGUACAUCAAGACGGUCAUCUAUGAUCAUACCACCAAACACAGCUUCUACUUUAAUGGGAAGUAAUUUGAGUAAUCAGGUUGCUCAUUUAUCAAAGGAAAGAAGGGAAUCUAUCAUUAAGAAAGAGUUUAUUGCUCAUCACCAAAAUGGACAAAAUUCAUUUCAUGAACAUUCAGGAAAUCACAAUGUUAUUUUCCCUCAACAAUAUACUUUUUCUGAUAUCCCGGUACCUUCAUCCAACGUCACAUCUAAUAAUAAAAUAUCUGGUGCACCAAAAUAUGCCCCAAAGAAUUUAGAUCAAGUUACGCAACUUAGAUCGUUCUCUAAUAUUUCAAAUUUUUCAACUAUAUCUAGUUCGUCCAUGGAGCCAACUCCUGGUAGGAGAGGCACCUACAUACCUUGGUCCGAUGAAGAGGAACAAUUAUUAAUUAAUAGUCGUUCUAAAAACUUAUCUGUAGUCGAGCUUUCUAUAUUACUUCCAAACAGAUCUAAAGGAGAUAUUGAAUCACGUCUAAAUUCGUCAUCUCUAAAUUUACUUUCUCAUUCACUUUCUCCAAGAAAGCCAUUAUCUGUUAAUCAAUUGGCUAUGCAAGAUGAAGAAGUAGAUCCAUUACAAAAUCAUGGUUCAAUAGCUCGUCCUGAUUCAUUAUCAUCUAGAUCAUCCUCUUCUGUCUCUAAGGAUACCACACCAGUGGGAGAUCAUAAUGAUGAUUCAUUAUCAACGACACCAUCCAGUUCUACUAGUGUAACAGUUAGCAGAAUAGGUCAUAAGAAUCUAUUAAAUAGCAAGACGUCUUACAAAAAUGCGAUGGAUAUGGGAAACGUACCUCCUCAUUUUGAAGGUAUAAUAACCCAACAGGAUUACUCUGUAAACAGUCAAUACAACCAAAGAUCCAAUUCAAAUGCACAAUUACCAAGUAUUUCGUCAAUCUUCAAGACUAUGAUGUAA